AUGUUGGGUAUGGCAAUCGGUGAUGCAAUGGGAGCUCAUGUAGAGUUCCGACCCCGCUCAUUUUUGGAACAAGAUCCAGUAACAGAUCUUAUGGGUGGUGGUACAUGGGGCUUAAAACCUGGUCAAUGGACAGAUGACACCUCCAUGGCUUUAUGUUUGGCUAUCAGUCUCAUUGUUAAACAAGGCUAUAAUGCCUAUGAUCAACUUGUGAGAUAUAAAUGGUGGUGGAAAGAAGGAUACAUGUCAUCCACUGGUCGUUGCUUCGAUAUCGGAAGGGCAACGCGCCAAUCAUUAAACACAUUUACCAGAAAGCAAAAAGAGUUUGCGAAAAACCAUGGAAUCUCCGACAACAACAUAGACACAGUAAAUGAAGCGGAUCAGAACAAGUUUGAGAAAGAAAUGAGUACUCUAUGUAGUUAUGAAGGAGUGGCAGGGAACGGUGCAUUAAUGCGUUUGGCACCCGUACCGUUAUUUUUCUAUCGUUCACCUGCAGAUGCUGUUCGUCAUGCCGGCAAUUCAGCUCUUCUAACACACGGUGAUAAAAGAGCCAGGGAUGCGUGUCGUUAUUAUUCAGCACUGAUAGCCGGCGCAUUACUUGGUUAUUCGAAAGAUGAGCUGUUAGAUAAGCAGUUUUAUAUUGAUCGAUGUAAGG